CACAGCGAUUGGCGUGUAGUCAAACAUAUUGUACAAGUACUCUUAAAGAGAGGGACUUCUUUUAUUUUAAUUUGAAUGUUCUCUUAUUGAAGCCGUGGUUGAAUUACCGGGACUCUUUAUAUGUAAAUUUUCAUAAUAACCGGAACUUCGUAAUAUAAAUAGGAAAAUUCCCAGACUGUGUUGUCUUGCUAGAGCUAAUUCAUCCGAGUGGAGUGUUUCAACGAAAGCCAGUUUGCACAUGCGUCGGAAGUGGAUGCAUCAUUGAGGCUUCCCAAUAAUGCUCCCGGGACAGAGAAAGCAGGCACAAAUUCCCAGACCAUGAACUACGUGGGCCAGCUGGCGGAGACGGUGUUCGUGACGGUGAAGGAGCUGUACCGGGGGCUGAACCCGGCCACGCUCACCGGCGGCAUCGACGUGAUCGUGGUGCGCCAGCCCGACGGCUCCCUGCAGUGCUCGCCCUUCCACGUGCGCUUCGGCAAGCUGGGCGUGCUGCGCUCCAAGGAGAAAGUGGUGGACAUUGAGAUCAAUGGGGAGCCCGUAGAGCUGCACAUGAAGCUGGGGGACAAUGGAGAGGCCUUCUUCGUGGAGGAGAACGAGCACCUGGAGGAGAGGGUCCCGGCGCACCUCUGCACCUCCCCCAUCCCCACGGAGGGCCCGGAGAGCCCCGAGUCGCCCCCGAGCGCCCUGUGCCGCCGCAAGAAGCGCCGCCGCAAGCGCGUCCGCUCCGACUCCCACCUGCGCGAGGACGGCGGCUCCUCCUCCGACGACCGCGACGCCACCGAAGCCGAAGCGCUCCGGGAGGAGCCGCUCGCCCCCAUUUUAGCCAGCAAGUCCGUGUACUACUCCAUCUGCGAGGAGCCGUUUGAGGGGGUGGCGGGCGCCCCGGCCCGGGACGUUCACCCGCACUCUGACGGGGAGUGGUCCCCCUCCGAGAGUCUGUACUGCGACCGGCCUCCUUCCCCCAAGAGCGACUCGGAGCUGCUGGUCAAGCCCCAGGAGACGGCCGGGCCGCAGAUGCAGUGGCACUGGGGCGGCUUCCCCAAGGUGUGUGACAGGAGCGAGAGGAGCGAGUGGAGCCCGGUGGAGGUGCAGCGCUCUUCCCCCCUGCCCGUCCCCCUGCCCUGCUCCCAGAGCACGCACUUCCGGACCAUCCAGCGCCAGGACUCCUUCGACAUGGACCCGGAGCCCGGGCCGGACGGCGGGAGCCCGGGGGGAGGCGUGACCGUGAUCCGGCCCGAGCCCCGCCCCGGCACCGCCCACUGGGAAGCCCCGCCCACCGAGGAGCUGCCGGGACCCUCCCACUCCACCCCAAACCAGCCCCCGCCCCUCCCAUCCCAGGACCCCUUGGAGCCCGAGCUGGAGGGCUCCCUCCUCCUGGAAGCGCAGCCCCCUUCCUUGGAGGGGGGUGCCGAAUGCGCUGUGGACGGGGCGGCCCCCCCGGGACCGGCUGGCUGGGAGGCGGAGAGCGCGGGGCAGGGGGACCGGGAUGCCGGGGGGGUUGUGCUCUGCAUGGGGGCUGGGGAGGAGGAGGAGGAGGAAGAGCAGGGCUCGACGGAGGAUGCGGCUCAGGCCCCCUUAAGCGUAAGCGACCAAGCCGAGGUCGUCAAGGUGACGGACUCCGCCCAGGCCGGGGAGAACGAGGUGCAGCCGGAGAACCAGGCCGGCUCGGCGGAGGCGGCAGCCAAAACGGACUCACAGGAAAAAAAGAAAGGUAAAAGAAGCCAGCACCUGGGCCCCUCUGACAUAUACCUGGAUGACCUGUCUAACCUCAACCCGGAAGUGGCAGCCCUCUAUUUCCCUAAAAGCGAGGCGGAGGCGGGGUCUCGGGCGGGGGCGGAGCCCGGCUCCCACUCAGGAAACCAGUCCCCGCAGUCGGUGGGCAGCGGGGCGAUGGACAGCGGCACGGAGUACCUGUCGGACUCCACGGGCGACCUGCUGGACGUCACCAUGUCCCUCUGCGGCAGGGCAGUGGACACCAGCCACAUCAACAAAGAGAAAUUCAUGGAGCACAUCGUCAGUUUUCAGGAUUUCGCCAAGAACCCUGGGAUUAUUGAGGACCCCAAUCUGGUCAUCUGCAUUAACUCAAACUAUUAUAACUGGGCUGUGGCUGCUCCAAUGAUCUUGUCAAUGCAAGCCUUUCAGAAGAACCUGCCAAAGAGCAGCAUAGAGCAGCUGGUGAAAGACAGGAUGCCCAAGAAGUCUGGGCGCUGGUGGUUCUCCUGGCGACGGAGAGACAUGGACACUAAACAGCUCCAGUUACAGCAGACCAGUUCUAAGCUCGGCCAGCAGGGGGAGCAGUUGGGUGCUCUGGCCUCAGACCAGGGUCCCUCUACCUUAAAGGGGAAAGCGGCUCAGACGUCCAGCGAAGACGACGGGGACUCCGGGAGAGCGAGGGAGGGCAGCUCGCCGGAGGCUCUGUCCACCGCGCAGUGCAUCAGCCAGAUGUACCGCAAGUCCCUGCGCCUCACCUCCGAGCAGAUAGAGCGGCUGAACCUGCGGGAGGGGGCCAACACGGUGGUGUUCAGCGUGACCACUCAGUACCAGGGCACCUGUCGCUGCGAGGCGGCCAUCUACCUGUGGAACUGGGACGACCAGGUCGUCAUCUCCGACAUUGACGGCACCAUCACCAAGUCGGACGCCCUCGGGCACAUUCUCCCUCAGCUGGGCAAAGAUUGGACCCACCACGGCAUCGCCAGACUCUACCACAAAAUUCACCAGAACGGCUACAAGUUCCUGUACUGCUCCGCGCGGGCCAUCGGCAUGGCGGACAUCACCAAGGGCUACCUACAGUGGGUGAACGACAGAGGAAUCGUCCUGCCCAAAGGCCCCGUCCUGCUGGCCCCCAGCAGCCUCUUCUCUGCCCUGCACAGGGAGGUGAUCGAGAAGAAGCCUGAGGUGUUCAAGGUGGCCUGCCUCACGGACAUUCGGGACCUCUUCAAUCCUCACAGACAGCCCUUCUACGCAGCCUUCGGAAACAGGACCAACGACGCCUACGCCUAUAAGCAGGUGGGCGUGAUCGAGGCGAGGAUCUUCACCGUCAAUCCCAGGGGGGAGCUCAUCCAGGAGAAGACCAAAGGAAACAAAUCCACGUACUCCCGCCUGAGCGAGCUGGUGGACCACGUCUUCCCCCUGAUCGUGAGGGGCAGGACCUCCUCCUUCGACUACCCCGAAUUCAGCCACUUCUCCUUCUGGAGAGAGCCCCUUCCCCCUGUCGACCUGUCUGCCCUGCUCUAGUCUCAGUGUCUGCCCCCGUUUCUCUUUCUCUCCGUCUCCUUCAUCUCUGUGCUCUUUUCUCUUUCUCCCUCUGCUCCUUUCUAAUCUUUUUACACAUCUCUCUCUCCCUGUUUCUCUUCCACCCCUCUCUCUCUUGCUCUCACUUUUUCUCUCUUCUGCAGUCUCUCUCCCCUCCCUCCCUCCCUCCCUCCCUACCUCUCCCUCUCCUUCACGGACGGCGCUAUAAAUAGAGAGGGUUCCACAGAACUCUUGCGAGAGGGGUACUCUGCAAACCCCCGGCCUGUAGCCGUUUCUAAACGAAUAGGCGACUGACCAAAGAAGAAACGGACGAGCCAAGCGACGAAGCAGACAAACCUCCAAAAUGCCGUCUCCCUGAAACCCUUAUGGACUUUGGGACCUGUGACCAAAGCCAGAGGCGGGGCGGGUAAAACGCUGGUCCUGCAGUAGUAUGCUGCCCAGGCGCCGCAAGCGACGUCAGGUUUCUGAAGCCUCGUACCGUGUGACCUCAUUCUGUUACCCGCGGCCUUGCCCCUCGCACCGCGCGAGGAGGACGCCUGUUUGCACUAAAUACUGACAUUUUAGUGAUGUCUCAAAGUAAGGGCUUUUUUUUUUAAGUGCGUGUUUUAAGGGAACUGGAACCAUAUCGGGGACCCCCACACUGUAACGACCGAACGGAGAAGCUGGCACGUAAUAAAUAGCUUUCUUUUUUCUUUAUUUUUUUUAUUUCAAUGUGCUUUUGGGCUUUAUAUUUAAAAAAAACAAAAAACAAUUAGGGUUAUGUAGCCUGUAUAGUUAAGUACUAUGUUGGUUUGUAUUGUGAAGCUUAUAAUAAAUUGUGUAUUUAUUUGCAAGGUUUUGAAAUGGCCAAAUAUUUCCACUGGAGUCCUCACAGAAAACAACUGAAAUGUGAUUUUAGCCUUUAUUCUGAAAGGUGUUCGAGCUGCGUUUAAAGAUCCAAGCGGUUUGGGUGCCGUCAUGGGAGGGAACUGUCAUUAGUCAGCAGUCAGUUUUAGGAGCAUGGCUGGUCCCGACGGUCAUCUGACUGAAUGUCUUGUUUUAGACUUUAUUUCAGCGAUUGAAAGUUCCACUUGUAGUGAUGCAAACUGCUGACUAAAGGAAAUGGAAAUGAAAGUUGAAUUCAUUAUUUCAGCAGUGCUCAGAUGAAACUUUUCUGUGUAAGUGUAUACCAUUCCCAGUAAAUAAAUACUGUGUGUAUUAUUCUAACAAA